UCUAAAAGAACAUUUGUGCAGCUCAAAAAUUCAAGUCAUGCAGAAGUUGUAUUAUGUUCCAUGAUGUAAAAAAUGAAUUAAGAAUGAGAAAAGUAAAGGGAGUAGUUCAAGCUCCUCUGGAAUCCGGACCAACGCUGGAUUAAGUACAAGCUAAGGAAGCUUGGGAUUGUCUCUGCAGGACUCCUCUGCCAGAGUCGGGAGGGCGCCGUUUGAUGAGGUCAUCGGAAGCGCUUGGCGUGCGGCACUUUGAGAGUUCGAGGGAGGAAGACACGUGGGAAGGGAGAGUAGAAGAGUGCCUUCAAAAGUGCAGGCAUGUCAUUUCGAGGAAGAGGUGGUGGUAAUCGUGGUGGCCGUGGCUUUGGUCGCGGUGGCGGCUUCAAUAGAGGUGGACGGGGUGGUGGAGGAAGAGGUGGAUUUGGCCGUGGAGGAGGUGGACGAGGAGGCUUCAACAGAGGCGGAUAUGACCAAGGACCUCCUGAAAGUGUCGUCAUACUGGGAGAGUUUAUGCACCCUUGUGAAGAUGACAUUGUUUGCAAAUGUGUUACUCAAGAAAACAAAGUACCUUAUUUCAAUGCACCAGUCUAUUUAGAAAAUAAAGAGCAGAUUGGGAAAGUGGAUGAAAUAUUUGGGCAGCUCAGAGACUUUUAUUUUUCAGUUAAACUGUCGGAAAACAUGAAAGCUUCUUCCUUCAAAAAACUACAAAAGUUCUAUAUUGAUCCAGCAAAGCUGCUCCCUCUGCAAAGGUUUUUACCAAGACCUCCAGGUGAGAAAGGAGCUCCAAGAGGGGGAAGAGGAGGGCGUGGAGGAAGAGGAGGCGGCAGAGGUGGAGGUGGCAGAGGUGGAGGUGGUUUCAGAGGAGGACGAGGUGGUGGAGGGUUCAGAGGAGGACGAGGUGGAGGUGGUGGCAGAGGAGGAUUCAGGGGCAGAGGACGUUAAGCAGAACUCUGGGAAAUUCUAAGCUUAUGGCUUCAUCAACAGGAUGGAACAAUAGGAUUUCUCAUGAACUUGGAUGCUAGAAAAUGGAUUUCAAACAUACCAUUAUCUAAUGGAGUAAAGUACAAUGCUGAAUCUUGUGGAUAAGAUGGGACAUCUUGUGAAGACCUAUAAUUCUUGACUACAAAUAUACUUGGACCUCUUAUUGUCUUUAGUAGACAUUAAAUGGAUGUUGUUUUUUAAAUUGAUGCUAAUUAGCUCUCUUUAACCAAAACCUCAUCUGGAAGCAGGAAACCAACCAACCUGUAAAUAGCAGUUUAAAGGGCACCAGGCUCAAAAUGCUGUACACAAAUCUUUUGUAAUUUUUAAACAAGAUUUUUAUUUUGGGGUGGGUUUUUUUUAAAAGUCUUACUAUAGUGUAUCAAUUUCACAGUUGCAUUUAUUUAAAAAAUAGAAUAAAAUAAAACACCUUUUGAAUACUA